AGCCUCCUUUCCUCUCUGCCAGCAACAAGAAACAGACCUGCCUGGUGAACUGGGCUCAAUUUCAACCCUGGUGAUUCCACUGCAGACAAAGCUGGCAGAGUAAAACCUUCAUUUCUUCUCUAUGGCGGCCCACCAAACCCUUGCCUCAAAGAUCUUCAGUUUAUGCUGCUGGGACUGUGAGGAACCUGUUAUUGAGAGCGCCAAGGUUCCAAGCCAAGAGAGCCAGACACCAACCUACAAUUCGCUGAAGACUGAGAAGAGUGAGUUAUGCGAACAAAACCUCAAGAGAGCUACCGCACAGUCCGUCGUUGGCCAAGAAAAGCACUCCACUGCCAGCAGUGAUUAUGAAGAGCUGACUGCAUACAAUAUACAAACAGGAUACCCUAAAAGGAAUCUAAACCGCUACUACCAGGAACACUGGGCCCUCCGACCGUGUCUCAUCGGGAGACCCUGAGGGUUCUAGUGGCAGUUCCACACAGGCUCUGAGCUGCUCAGCUACUGGAGGGUCUCCAUGAGAUGAAGAAGGCAGUGGACAGGAGUCAUGAAGACCAAUUCAGAAACUCCACCACAAGGAGGGAAGAGGUCUGAGCCAUCCCUGUGCCACUGGUGUGAGUCACCCCAGAUCCUGACAGCCAGGGAGGGGGGCUGCCUGCAAUUAAAGUCCUUGUUUGCAUCAA